AUGGGAGCAGACAGAGACAGGACGUCCUGUGGAGGAGCCUCUCUGACCUCUCCUCCUCCCCCUCUCUCCUCCUCGCUCCUCCUCCUCUCUCCUCGACUCUCUCUUCCCCCUCUCUCCUCUCUCCCCUCCUCCUCUCCUCCUCUCUCCUCCUCUCUCCCCUUCUCUCCUCCUCCUCUCUUCUCCUCCUCGCUCCUCCUCUCUCCUCCUCUCUCCCCUUUUCCUCGCUCCUCCUCUCUUCUCCUCCUCGCUCCUCCUCUCUCCUCCUCCUCGCUCCUCCUCUCUUCUCCUCCUCGCUCCUCCUCUCUCCUCCUCCUCUCUCCUCCUCUCUCCUCCUCUCUCCCCCUCUCUCCUCCUCGCUUCUCCACUCUCCCCCUCUCUCCUCCCCCUCUCUCCUCUCUCCCCUCCUCCUCUCUCCUCCUCUCUCCCCCUCUCUCCUCCCCCUCUCCUCUCUCCCCUACUCCUCUCUCCUUCUCUCCCCCUCUCUCCUCUCUCUCCUCCUCCUCUCCCCCCCCCUCCCCUCCUCUCUCCUCCUCGCUCCUCCUCCUCUCUCCCCCUCUCUCCUCCUCUCUCCUCCUCCUCUCCCCCCCUCUCUCCUCCUCUCUCCUCCUCUCUCCUCCUCCUCCUCUCUCCCCCUCUCUCCUCCUCCUCUCUCCUCCUCCUCUCUCAUCCUCUCUCCUCCUCCUCUCCCCCCCUCUCCUCCUCCUCUCUCCUCCUCCUCUCCCCCUCCUCUCUCUCUCCUCCUCCUCUCCCCCCCUCUCCUCCUCUCUCUCCUCUCUCCUCCUCCUCCCCCCCCUCUCUCCUCCACUCUCCCCCUCUCUCCUCCCCCUCUCUCCUCCCCCUCUCCUCUCUCCCCUCCUCCUCUCUCCUCCUCCCCCCCCCCCCUCUCUCCUCCUCUCUUCUCCUCGCUCCUCCUCCUCUCCUCCUCUCUCCUCCUCUCUCCUCCUCCACUCUCCUCCUCCUCCUCCCCCUCCCCCUCUCUCCUCCUCCUCUCUUCUCCUCUCCUCCUCCUCCUCUCUCCCCCUCUCUCCUCUUCCUCUCUCCUCCUCCUCUCUCAUCCUCCUCUCUCCCCCUCUCUCCUCCUCCUCUCCCCCCUCUCUCCUCCUCCUCUCUCCUCCUCCUCCCUCCUCCUCCUCUCUCCUCCUCUCUCCUCCUCGCUCCUCCUUCCUCAGGCCUCAGACUGGCCUCAGACUGACCUCAGGCUGA